AUGGCAGCAGCACAGCUAAAACCGUCGGAGCAGGCAAAGCUGCAGAUGAUGCAGGAGAUGGAGAUUGAGAUGAUGUCAGAUUUGUACAAUAGAAUGACAAAUUCCUGCCACCGGAAGUGCAUUCCUCCCAAAUACAGUGAAUCAGACCUUGGUAAAGGUGAGAAUGUCUGCAUAGAUCGGUGUGUGGCAAAAUUCCUGGAUAUUCAUGAGCGCAUCGGGAAGAAAUUGACAGCAAUGUCGGUCCAGGAUGAGGAUCUGAUGAAGAAAAUGGGCCAAGAGGCGAAGCAGUAGACUUUUUGUUUUUUAAUUUAUAGGAAAUUAGUAAUUGUCUCAAAUAUAGACUGGCUAUAGGCAACAUGUACAAAUGAUCUUCCGUGUACAGAAGCUUAGUCCAGUGUGGAAAGAAAA